CCGGCACACAACUCAUAUAUUAUUAAAUUACCGCAACUCAUAAGUACUGCAGCCGGAUAUUAUCAACACGUGGCUCUCAUUAAUAUCGAGAAUCAAGCGGUUAAAUAUUUGACUAAAGAAAUCGUGGCAUUCAAUCCACAAGAAGACAUUGUUUACUUUUUGUCGACAUUACCCGAAAAGCCAGAGUUUCGUCACUUAAUGAGCGUUUCAGUGAACGAGGAGUCAGUUUUGGACCCAAUUUGUUGGACCUGUUAUUUGGGCCAAAGUUGUCUUUAUAACAAUGUAUUCUUUAAUACCAAACGAGACUAUUAUGUACUGCAAUGCGAGGGACCGGACACUCCCAAAGUGGAGAUCAGGCGCACGAAAAACAAUUCAUUAAUCAGGCGCACGAAAAACAAUUCAUUAGUGACUGAAUUGGAAAACAAUAGUAAUCUGGAAGCGAAACUCAGAGAAAAAUCCGUUCCCAUCACUAGAAAAUUAAGAGUCAAAACCAGCGCUACUUUUCAUUCAAACGUUGAACUCGUUUUGCCGCACAAUUUUGAUGAGAAAAAUAAGUACCCGUUAAUGGUUGAGGUGUAUGGGGGGCCGGGAAGUCAAUUAGUUAUCGACAAAUAUCGUGUCAAUCAUUGGGGAACGCAUUUGGCCUCAAACUUAAGCAUUAUUUACGCCAGGAUUGACGGCCGCGGCUCCGAUAACAGGGGCUCUAAAUACUUGCACGAAAUCUAUAAAAAUAUGGGUAACGUUGAAGUGAUGGAUGUUAUCAUUACCGCGAGAUACCUUCGGGACAAUUUGGAUUUCAUCGAUAAACGCAAUAUCGGGAUCUGGGGCUGGAGUUAUGGCGGAUAUGUGACCCUCAUGUCUCUGGCACUCGACCACACGGAC